UGAUGCGGAGGACGGAGGAGCGACCCUGAAAUUAUGGGCUAAGCUACGGCUAGCCGCGUGGGACGGACGCUUUUCCACUUUCAAUGCAUCUAUCAGGAAAGAUGAUCCGUUGCUGCAGUUUAUGUCAAUGUAAUUGAUAGCCUUGCUCCGACCAGCUGAAUCACAACUCCAGGGAACGUGUGACUUGGUUCAUUCUUCCGUCGACAUCAACGCCAAGGCCUGGCGGCUUCGGAGUCGCCUCCCCCGGCGGCUCUUCCCGCCGGCCGAGCCCGCGUCCGGGGCGUGAUGUAAAGUCGUCGCAACCACUCGACAGCCAGUGUGCCAGGCAUCGCCUUCACACACAUCCCCGCCUUCAUCAUCGUCCGGUGCACAUCGCCUGCUGCUUCAACGAUGGGCGCACUACUAUCGCUGCCGCUGCUGGCGAUCCCCAGCGUGGGCACGCUCAUGACCUUUGCCGCAUCAUGCUGUGGCGCCGCAACAUGCUCCGCCGUCUGCUCAGCCUGCGGUAAAUGCAACAAUAGCGUCGCCACUCGAAUCGCCUACGCUCUCAUACUGCUCAUCAACUCGCUGAUAUCAUGGCUCAUGCUCACGGAUUGGGCGGUUACGAAACUGCAGGGAGUCCUCCUCGACUACGUGACAAUCGACUGUGCGGGGAAACAAUGCUUUGGCUUCGCUGCGGUACACCGCGUCAACUUUGCACUCGGCCUCCUCCAUGCCCUCUUGGCCGUGCUAUUGAUUGGCGUGAACACUUCCAAGGACAAACGUGCUCCAAUUCAGAAUGGCUUCUGGGGCCCAAAGAUUGUCAUCUGGCUCGCCCUGAUCGUUGGCACCUUCUUCAUUCCCAACAGCUUCUAUGAGAUGUGGGGGAAUUACGUCGCACUGGUCGGCGCCAUCCUCUUCCUGCUUCUCGGCCUGGUGUUGCUCGUGGAUCUGGCGCACACCUUUGCCGAGUAUUGCAUUGAGAAGAUCGAGGACACCGACUCCCGCCUCUGGCGCGGCAUCUUGGUUGGCUCCACCCUGACAAUGUACCUGGGCAGCUUGGCCAUGACCAUUGUCAUGUACAUCUUCUUUGCGUCUUCUGGCUGUUCCAUGAACCAGUCUGCGAUUACGAUCAACCUACUCUUCCUCAUUGGAACCAGCGUGUUGUCAAUCCAUCCCGCGAUCCAAGCAUCGAAUCCCCGAGCUGGCCUGGCUCAGGCAGCCACGGUGUCCAUCUACUGCACGUAUCUCACCAUGAGCGCAGUUGCAAUGGAGCCCGACGACCAGCAUUGCAAUCCUCUCGUCCGCGCCACAGGUACGCGCACGGCCAGCAUCGUGCUGGGAGCGGUCGUGACGUUCCUCACGUGCGCAUACACCACCACACGUGCGGCCACUUACGGUCUUGCCAUGGGCUCCAGUCAGCCAGGAUACGGCCAACUCCCAACAGAGGAGUACGGCGGUCAUGGUCUGGUCGAUACCCAGCCGGCGAGUCGGAGGGAGAUGCGGCAAGAAGCGCUCCGUCGCGCCGUGGAAUCUGGCGCUCUGCCCGCGUCGGCCUUGGACGACAGCGACGAUGACGACGACGAGGACUCCCCGGCACACAAGAACGACGAUGAAAAGAACCGGACACAGUAUAACUACGCUGUGUUCCACAUCAUCUUCAUGCUUGCCACCGCCUGGAUUGCAACGCUGUUGACCCAAAGCAUUGUCGGAGAGCAUAACAGCGAGGAGAAGUUCGUCCCGGUGGGCAGGACGUAUUGGGCGAGUUGGGUGAAGAUUGUGAGUGCGUGGGUGUGCUAUGGCAUCUUUGGCUGGACGUUGGCCGCGCCGGCAUUGAUGCCCGAUCGAUUUGACUACUCAUAGUGGGUGUGGUGCCACGUUUUCAUAGGUUGAGUAGCGCGGAAUUCGAUUCAUG